AUGGCCAGCGGCAGCAUCAAAUGCACCUACCCCACCGACGCCGGCGCCCUGGCAGGAAACUACUACUCCUUCCACGCCCGCGUCACCAACUCCACAAACGCAAUCUACAACGACCUCUACCUCUCCGUGCUCUCCGCCUCGCCCACCGCCGCACAUCUGACCCCAGAGGCGCUCUCCCUCUUCUGGCUCGCAGGCAACACGCAGCAAUCGUGCACGCGCUCCGCGCCGCUGUGUACAGUCGUCGAUGGCCGAGCGGAGUAUUGUCUGAAUAUCAAUCCGAAUACGGGGGGGUUGGCGGCGGUGAGGCCGGUGGAGGUUGUGGGUGGGGUAUUUUUUACGACGGAUCAUUUUUAUGUUGAGAGUGAGGAGGUGCCGUUGGGGUAUUGGAUUGAGAAUCAGGGAGGGUAUUUUGCUUGUACGGAUGGGUUUGGUGAGAUUUCUGUGUAUUACAGGCUUAGUACUGCGAGUACACCAAGGGGGUGUAGUGAUAUCUCGCUUAAGAUAUUGCACUAG